AAAUUUAUGUCCUCGGCCCAAAUCUUUCUCCUCCUUAGUAUCUGCGUUUGCGGCGUAGUUGUGGUGGCAGAGUCAGCUCAUUUUGACGAUCAGAGAAGAAUAUGGAGUUUUCUCAACAAGACUUUGAUCGGUUACUUUUAUCCGAGCACACUCGAAAAACCGCUGAAGAAAACUAUGCUCAAAAUCCUCUUGAUGGUGAUAAUUUGACCAAAUGGGGUGAAGCUUUGAUAGAGUUGUCAGCAUUCCAAAAUCCUAGGGAUUCCAAGAAGAUGAUUGAAGAUGCACUUUCUAAGUUGGAGGAGGCUUUAUUAAUCAAUCCAACAAAGCAUUACACUCUUUGGUGCUUGGGGAAUGCCCACACUUCUUGCGGAUUUCUAACUCCCGAUAUCAGUGACGCACAGGGUGAUUUUGACAAGGCCUAUGAGUAUUUUCAGAAAGCUGUGGAUGUGGAUCCUGAGAAUGGUCUCUACAGAAAGUCCUUGGAAGUUGCUCUUAAGGCCCCAGAACUACACAUGGAGAUCCACAGAAAUGGACUUGGGCUUGGUCAGAUGAGUCAUGAGGGGUCAUUUGCUUCUUCAAAAGAAAAGGAAUCUAAGAAGCAGAGAAGCAGUGAAUUUAAAUAUGACGUGUUUGGAUGGAUUAUUCUUGCAGUAGGUAUAGUAGCAUGGGUGGGAAUGGCCAAAUCUCACGUUCCACCACCACCUCCAAGAUAAACAAAUUAAGUCAUUUCUUUUAUGUAUUAUUAGCAAAAAAUGGAUAAAAACUAUUCACUUUAGAUUUGAAGUUGUGAAUUAUAAGAAUUAUAUUUUUAGACGAUUGAUUUAUAAGAAUUAUGUUUUAAAAUAUGUUGGUGUGGUUACUGUUUGGCAA